AUGGAGCAAACGACUGUAGCUUUCCUGGGCCCCGCUGCGUCGUUUUCACAUCAGGCUGCCGUCGAAUUUUUUGGGAGUUCUGCUGAGUUGUCGCCUCGUGUAUCGUUCGCAGAUGCCUUCGCCGCAGUGCAGCAGGGUGAAGCAGACUAUGCUAUCAUUCCUUGCGAAAACUCGACUAACGGAUCAGUCGUCCAAACUCUUGACCUCCUGGCAGACCCGAACGACACAUACAAAGACGUUGAAGUAUGUGGCGUACACUAUUUAAGAGUGCACCACUGCCUCUUGGCUCGAAGAAGCGUUAUUACUAGCCAACGAGAUUAUGGAUCUGUUACUAAGCUCUAUACCCACCCGCAAGCUUGGGGGCAAUGUGAAGGGUUUCUUGGAAUCCACUUUAGAGGCAUUGAGAGGCAGGAUGUAUCAUCUACCUCUAAGGCUGGGGAACUUGUUUCAAAAGAAGAAACAGAACGAAGUGCUGCAAUAGCUAGUCGCUUUGCUGCUGAGUUCCAUGGCCUAGAUGUUCUAGAAGAGAAUAUCGAAGACAAAGCCGAUAAUACAACACGGUUUCUAGUACUGAGGAACAUGAAAUCGGAGCGCACAGGCCUGCAAUUCUUUGGAGGCUUGAACAGUCGCCGCGUACAAGGACUUUCUCCAUCAGCAUCAGCGGCAAGAAAGACCUUGAUCUCAUUCAUGGUUCGCCAGAAUACCCCGGGGGCCCUAGCGGAGGCUUUGUUGAUAUUCAAGAGUCAUGGCAUGAACCUUACAAGCAUCAACUCACGGCCAAGUCAGAAGAAAAAUUGGCAGUAUGUUUUCCUGGUUGAGUGCCAAACAGCCAAUUCUGUUGGAGAUAAAAGUGCAGCUGUUGAGAUUUUGCAUGAUUUGCAGAGUGUUACCGAGACUUGUAGACAUCUGGGAACAUGGUCUGAGUGA